GACGAUAAGUGCAGUUGGAAUGUUUGAUGGAAGAUAUAAACGAUACUGAAGUCAAGCGAAGCGAAGGGGACUCAAUUGCAUCGAAAGCGAUUAUUUUUGGAAGUCAUAUAUACUUUUCUUUUCGCAUACAAGCUGUAAGCCUCCAUCUUCGAUAAUGGCUAUUAAAUCGAUGUUAUUGCUGCUUGUUUUAGUGGUAAUUUGCGCAGAACUUCCACGAUCAUAUUCUUUUAAAUUCACAAAAUGGCCGAAUAAUCCACUGGUUGUGUAUUACUAUAAAAACAAAACGAAUGUUGAACUACGAUGGGAGUGGAACCUGGAAGGAGGAAUAUUUUUUUUUUUAAAAAUCGAGAGAUAUAGAAAGGACAACCCCUUGGGCACAGAGACGCAAAUCGCUAAGUACUAUUCGAGUGGGACUACCAACGUAGAAGAAACCAAAUACGGCCUCAGCGUUCAAAACAGGGCGAUUGGAUCUGUAGUUUUUACUAUCAAAGAAAUAACCAAUCAAGGCAUAAAUGAAGGCAAGGAGAAUGGCGAGAAGAGUCGUGUAGACGUCAUGGAAGCGAAUAAAGAGUAUAUAUAUUCGAUCGAGGUGGACGAACAAACAUCAGGCAAAGCGUUUACAAACAGCGUCGCACUAAAAAUGCUCAAGACCCCAGUCAUUACAACAUACCCCAACAACCAAACAGUAACAGGAGGAGAUGUCACAUUUGAAUGUGUUGCUGAUGGUAAACCAAAGCCAACGAUAACAUGGGAUAAGAUUGGAAGCUCGCAAGCUUUGUCUCAAGGAAGCCCGCUAACAUUAAAAAAUUUUGAAGCCUCUAAUAUUGGGGUCUACAGAUGCACAGCCAAAAGUAAUGGAAUAGCCGAGACUGCUAAUGCAACUGGCUUUGUACAGUUUUCAACAUGUGGACCUGGAUGUGAUAAGGAGGAGCUGGCCAUUGAGUUCACUGACUUGACAUACAAUAAUGAAUAUGACAACCCCAGCUUUAAAAAGUACAAGGAAUUAAAAAACAAAAUUGAAACUGAGUGCCUUACUGCAUAUGCCCUGAAAGGCAAAACCAUUCACAAGUGUGAAGUAGUGAGAUACAGAAAAGGGAGUGUCGUAGCUGUGUUAGAGUUAGGAUAUCCCACAAAUACCUUGGAUCCCAAGGAGCCUCUUCUGCAAGCAAUAAAUGAUGGAAAUUUUGCAGGAUAUAAAGUUAUAACAAAAUUUGUCAGUCCAACAUCUCCUCCAACUGAAAAGCCAUCACCUACUGCACCAACAACACCAACAGCAUCUUCUAAUACACCGCCUGCUAGUGGAGCAAGAACAAAUGAAAGUGGAUUAUCCAAGGGAGCAAUCAUAGCCCUUGUUGUUGUAUUCUCAAUCAUCUUUAUUGUCAUCAUUGUGGUACUUAUUGUUUGCAUGCUGAAGAAGAAAAAGCCAAGUGAUACCCGUAAUAAACCUUAUAAAGAGGAUGGCCGAACCUAUGAUAAGUCAAGUACAACAGUUCCUUUGAAGUCACAGCCAUUUGACCCAAUGUAUGAUGACCCUAAUGAGAAUCGUAAAGAAGUGGUUUAUGCUGACCUGACUUUCCAGGAUCGUUAUCCCAACGGAGGAGGACCACCCCCACAGUACACGCCAUCCAAUUAUGCCGAAGUCAAGCCAAACCAACCGGAUGACAGCCAAGUCGAAUGGGACAAAUCAGUAAAGGAUGAAAUGUGGAUCUAGAUGGUACUUACAGCUAUGAUGUUAGAUUGAGAUGGCCAACAUUCUUACCUCAGUGAGUUAUUCAAUAUUCGAAAUAGCAGUAAAAAAUAUAAUUUGUAAUCGCACUUGUCAAGAUUGCCAAGUAUAAGAGGACAAAUCAUUUAAAGAUCUAGUUGGUAAUUAUAGCUUUAAUGUUAGAUUAAGAUGGCCAAUAAUCUCUUCUUAGUGAGUGCGAAUUCGUAAGAGCAGUAAAUAUAAAACCGUUUGUUAUUGCAUCAAGAUUGAGCCCUGUCAUGCAUUUUUUCUGAUGCGAUUUCUGUACGUGUAACGGUGCACGUUGACCGUUAAUUUUCUAUGAAUGAACAAGUUUAACUAGCUUAUACUAGGAGUGAAAAUACUGACAGCACAUAAGCGUUCAUGCUGGAUUAAUUGAUUUAAUGUUUAAUCAGAAACAAAUAUAGCCGUUUGUAAAGGCUAUCUAAAUAAGGUGACAUUAUGCCAUAUUAAAUGUGAUCUAGCAACGGCUUUAUCUGCAGUUGUCUUUCCGAUAUCUAAAGUAAGAAGCUUGUAAAGCUAGAGCUCGUGUUGCAAGGAAUGAGUGGUUGGUUGACCUGAAUUUGAGCCUAAUCUCUCAUCGCGUCUUGCAAAAUGCACAUAUGCGCUUUAUAAGUAUUAAACAUAUAUAUUAAACUUGGGUUCUAUACUGCCCCAUAAUCCUUUGCACCGGUAGCUGUCACAAGUUUUCUUUCAGACUUCGGAAGGACAAUUUGAUGGUCACAUUAUUCAUUAGGAUUCAGAUUGCAUUAAUUAUGCAAUAAAAUAUUAGCCUACUUUAGUUUAGUUUAGUUUUUCUUUUUCUUUUUCCAUAAUUUAAAUGUAAUUUUUAAUUGCAAUUAGUAACACAAUUAUAUCCAUUGUAGUCAUCGAAGUAUAGUUUCGAUUUAGUGUAUUUUUAAGAAUUGGCUUUUAGGAGCCGACCCCGUUUGGAUCAACCAUGCACCCACAUAACGUGAUUAUAAGUAUGAGUUACCAGCACAUUCGCGCUUAUGAGAAUUUAUUAAGAAAAAACAACAAAAAAAAAGAAAGAUUAUGAAAGAAAGAAAGAAUUUCGUAAAAUAAAAUCAAAGAAGCAUAAUCAACGAAAAACCAAUAAUAACUAUAGACUUCUAAAUUUCUUCCAGAACAUUCUUUUAUAACAUUUGUUGGUGUAGGACAUUUACUGUCUUAUCUGAUUUCGGUAAUUUGACGUCGACUGGCCUAUCAACGUUGCCAAGUCAACGUUGGUGCCAUUUGUUGUGGCUAAUUAAUUUCAGAAAUUUAGAGUUAGGGCAUUUAACCCGUGAAAUAAAAAUUAUUGUAGUCAACGGGUAAUAGUCAAAUAGACACAAAAGAAAGCAAUGCAUUAAGGGUCUACUAAUGUGUGUUAGUCUAAUAUCUAUUUCACGGGUUUAAUGACUUCACUCUAAGGAAAACAAGUUUUAACACUUACUAUUCCGUCGGUCGCAAACGUUACUCGUAUUGUCGACUUCAGCCAAGUUUAUGAGAAAAUUGUACCUGGUAUAAUCCAAUAACAAUACCAAGAUUCUAGUUGAGUAAUAUUUGCUAGUGAAGCUAAAAAUUAAAAGAAAAUGAUAAGGUUUCUGACCAUACCAAUUAAAUAUAUAGAAGUAUAUUUUAUAUAACACUAGUAAUACUUAAAAAGUUAAAGUAGUAAUAUUUAGGUAAGUCUAACGCUUUUCUUCUAAAUCUGUGGAUAUAUUUUCGUAGGUCAUAUUUAAAUUUCAAUCUUUAUCGACACGUUUUAUACAUAUUACUCAACUAGUCAGAAUACUUUGAAAACCUUCCACUGAAUUAAAGAUUUUCAUGUUAUUGCGACCUUUGCCCAGUUGCAUGUAAAUUUGAUUGACUAAAGAAAAUGAAAACUUGCCGCACAGACAUGAAAAGCGUUCUAAGACACAUCUUAAUUUCAAUUGAGGAUGUUCGCUGUAUUGCUAUAACUGAGCAGAAGCCAACCUUUUUAUAUUUCGCAAUAGGAAAUAUAUGCAUGCAAUGAUCAAAUGUAUGCUUAGAACUAGCCAUUUAACGCUCUAUCGUGGGCGGAUCCUGGAAUUUAAAAAAAAGGGGGGUUGACUAUACAAAGGUUUUACCUCGAAUUUGAGGAAAAGGGGGUGACUUGUCACCACUUUUACCACCCCUGGAUCCGACUCUUGCUCUAUGGAAGACUCGAUUUUCUUUUCACGCUUUACACAUGCGAUACUGUCGCAACUUCCUCAGUUGGUAAAAUGGUAUGUUUUCAAAGUGUAAACUGGUACCUCAGCAAGAUAGAUGUAGAUAUUUUAAAAGUAUGCAUUCGUUACUACCACAAACUAUAGAGUGGGUUAUGCCUGGAUGUAAAAAUCAACUGAAGAAGGGAGUUAGCGAAAAAGCAGUUAUUAAUGCAUUGAAUGCUUUCUAUCUUAAUGAAUAUUAAUUAUCGAAGCACAUGCAGAAGACUGCUCUGAAUUUGAAGAUUGUAGUAAUUAUUGUUUUUACUCUGUAUAGUCAUUUGAUGCACAAUCUUAGGUUGUAAAUGCGUUAAGUUUGUUUUUGUAGUAUUGUGUAACUUAUAAUUAUUGUUAUUUGACUUUUAAUUAAAAUUCACCAUAAGUUUAAAA